CAUCAUCACCUGACUUUACGCUAAAAGCUUACUUUCGAGGAUUGCUUGCAGCACGAACAUCGCUCUCAGCAUUCGAUCAUUUCUUCUCCAAACGCUGCCUUUCGAGCGAUCUCUGAGUUCAAGGCACACAGAGGCAUACGCCCAGUUUGGGGCUUUGAUGGAGUGUUGAGGAGCGAUAUUUUUUCUAGUCCAACAAGAAAAUAGGUCAGAGUGCAUCCUAAGGUGAAAAGCAUUAUUGGUCAAUGGAUACGGGUGGCAAUUCCCUUCCAUCUGGAGCUGAUGGGGUGAAGAGAAAAGUGUCAUAUUUCUAUGAUCCAGAGGUUGGAAAUUACUACUAUGGGCAGGGCCACCCCAUGAAGCCACAUAGGAUUAGAAUGACACAUGCUCUUCUAGCCCACUAUGGAUUGCUUCAGCAUAUGCAGGUUCUGAAGCCCUGUCCUGCCAGAGAUAGAGAUCUUUGCCGGUUUCAUGCGGACGAUUAUGUCUAUUUUCUGAGGGGUAUCACCCCUGAAACACAACAGGAUCAGCUGAGGCAACUAAAGCGUUUCAAUGUUGGUGAAGACUGCCCUGUAUUUGAUGGUCUCUACUCUUUCUGUCAAACUUAUGCUGGUGGGUCAGUUGGUGGUGCAGUCAAGCUAAAUCAUGGUUUCUGUGAUAUUGCUAUCAACUGGGCUGGUGGGCUGCAUCAUGCUAAGAAGUGUGAGGCUUCUGGAUUUUGCUAUGUGAAUGACAUUGUCCUGGCAAUCUUGGAGCUUCUUAAACAGCAUGAGCGUGUUUUAUACGUGGAUAUCGAUAUCCACCAUGGAGAUGGUGUGGAGGAGGCUUUCUACACAACUGACAGGGUCAUGACUGUUUCAUUUCAUAAAUUUGGUGAUUAUUUUCCUGGUACAGGGGAUAUACGUGAUAUUGGAUUUGGGAAAGGGAAAUAUUACUCCCUUAAUGUUCCAUUAGAUGAUGGGAUUGACGAUGAGAGCUACCAUUGCUUGUUCAAACCGAUAAUUGGAAAAGUGAUGGAAAUUUUUAGGCCUGGUGCUGUGGUUCUCCAGUGUGGUGCUGACUCCCUAUCUGGGGACAGGUUAGGAUGCUUCAAUCUUUCAAUCAAAGGUCAUGCAGAGUGUGUUCGGUUUAUGAGAUCAUUCAAUGUGCCACUAUUGCUGCUGGGUGGUGGUGGUUACACCAUCAGGAAUGUUGCUCGUUGCUGGUGCUAUGAGACGGGAGUUGCCCUUGGAAUAGAAGUUGAUGACAAGAUGCCACAGCAUGAGUACUACGAGUAUUUUGGUCCGGACUAUACUCUUCAUGUUGCCCCGAGUAACAUGGAAAAUAAAAAUUCACACCAGUUACUGGAUGAAAUAAGGGCUAAGCUUCUCGACAAUCUAUCAACACUUAGACAUGCACCCAGUGUCCAAUUUCAGGAAAGACCCCCUGAUACAGAGCUCCCUGAGGCUGAUGAAGACCACGACGAUGGAGAUGAGAGAUGGGAUCCAGAUUCUGAUAUGGAAAUUGAUGAUGAGCGUAAGUCUCUACCAGGCAGAGUAAAGAAAGAAAUUGUCGAACCAGAGAGUAAAGAUUUGGAGGACAAGAAAGGAGUUGCUGAGCACUCAAGAGGCUUUGAUACAACUGUGGAGGAGACUGCAUGCUCAAAGGCUUCAGAUGUGUGCCCUAUGCCAAUAGAUGAACCAAGUGUGAAAGUUGAACAAGAGAGCUUGAACAAGCCAUUUGAUCAGCCUGCCCCCACGUUCCCGAAGUCAUGAGCAACUUUAUUGCAUGGAUGGCAAGCAUAUGUUGGCAAGUAUUAUGCGUAGUAGAAUUAUUUAGUACAUUGAGUAAACUGCAGACCUGUAAAUGGAUGAGGAAGAAACCCAAAAAUUUGGUGUCUUAAAAGAGCUGCGUAGAGUUGAAAUUAUGAGUGAAGGUUUAAAUUAAAGCGGAAAUGUGUUGUGAUGGUUGGACCUUUGAACAAGUACUCUUAACCAUAGAAUGGGUCAUUCAAUGUUGAUAUUGUAAGAGCAACUUCAUAUCUAUGUACUUGAAACUAAGCCUUAUGUUCCAUACCUUUUCUCAUGUUA